AAGCAACCUUCUUCGCCAACAGCACAGCACCCCAACCUCACGCCUUCAACGCUCCGCACCAUCAUCCGUUGGACGGCGAUAAUUCUCGAUACCCCACCCCACCUACACGAACUCAGGGCUAUUACCAAGCUACAAUCAUGUCGAAGCAACAAGGGAAAAUGGCCAACCUCAUCAACUACCGGAUGAGGGUCACCAUGGCCGACGGCCGUCAGCUCACUGGCACCUUGCUGGCAUUCGAUAAGCACAUGAACGUCGUUCUCGCCGACACCGAAGAGUUCCGCCGUAUCAAGCGUAAGCCCGCCAAAGCCGCCGCCUCGCAGGCCCCUACCAUCUCGGAAGAAAAGCGUACCCUCGGUCUCAUCAUCCUGCGCGGUCUGCAUAUCGUCUCUCUGUCCGUCGAGGGCCCGCCGCCCGCCGACCCGUCGACACGUCUCGGAGCCACCCCGACCGGCGGCCCUGUUGGAGGAGCUGGUCCUGGUAUUGCUAGACCUGCCGGUCGUGGUUUGCCCAUAAUCGGUAUGGGAGGACCGCCACCACCCGGAGGACCUGGUGGGAUUCCUGGUCAGAUGGCUGGAUUGCAGGGCCCGAUGAGGAGUGUUGGACUUGGACAAGGCCCCCCUGGUGGUCCCCCUGGCCCUCCUGGCGGGUUCCCUGGUGCUCCCCCUGGCUUCGGUGCUGCCCCGCCUGGUUACCAGCCGCCUCCUGGGUUUGGUGCUGGUAGAGGCUUCCCGCCGCCACCCCCCGGUUACCAAGGACGGUAAACGGUGAAUGUUUUGUUUGUGAUUUGAGAGCACAGUAUGGUUGCAAUAACAAGACGCGCCUUGUUUAAAAAGUAGGUACUGCAAGUGACACAUGUACGUAGGGCGAUUAAUACUGUGGGUUGAGAGUGUGCUACGAACAAUCAUCCAUACACUGUCAUCCAAUGCGGCAGUAUCUUGGAUAACAGCAACGAGGGUAUAUGCUUUGGAUGUAUCGUGAGAUGAACCACCACAAUAUCCC